GUCCUCGCGAGAGCAGUGGAGGAGAGCAAUGCAGUGAGCGCGAGAGAUGCAGCUUAGUGAGGGGAGCACUUCAACAGCAAGACAAAUAGCUAUAUCCCUGAAAAACGGACGGGGUCAUGUAAUAUGUCCUCGAAACGUUGCUGCGAUAUUUAGCCUAUGUUUUGAUGCAGUCUACAUAUGUAGCCUACACCGGGGAGGUAACUGUAGCCAAGCGAAACAGUGAAGAACAGGCGGCCAGUAGAGGACAGCCGGGGACUCUUACAGCUACUUUCAGAGAUGUCCCUUCUCUGUGUCAGAGUGAAGAAAGCCAAGCUGGAUGGACCCCAAGAGAAGUUCAACACGUACUUGACCCUGAAGGUGCAGAAUGUGAAGAGCACCACCAUCGCUGUCCGAGGCAGCCUGCCCAGUUGGGAGCAGGACUUCAUGUUUGAGAUCAACAGGCUGGACCUGGGGCUGACGGUGGAGGUGUGGAAUAAAGGGUUAAUAUGGGACACCAUGGUGGGAACUGUAUGGAUCCCCCUGCACAGCAUCCGCCAAUCAAACGUGGAGAGUCCGGGGGACUGGCUGACCCUGGACUCCCAGGCCAUCAUGGCGGACAACGAUAUCUGUGGAACCAAAGACCCCACCUUACACCAGGUGCUGCUGGACACACGCUUCGAACUGCCUCUGGAUAUCCCUGAGGAGGAGGCGCGCUAUUGGGCCAAAAAACUGGAGCAACUCAACGCCAUGAGAGAUCAGGAUAUUACUAACCAGUACUCAUACCAAGAAGACCAGGAGCAACCACUUCCUGUUCCAGGGACACAGUGCUGUAACUGGAGUCUGUGGGGAGACCAACAAAAUGAGGACCCAGACAGUGCUGUGGAUGACAGAGACAGUGACUAUCGCAGUGAGACCAGUAACGGCAUUCCUCCUCCUUACUACACCACGUCCCAGCCCAAUGCCUCCGUCCACCAGUACCCCAUCAGAGACCAGCAGAACCGCCCCUCCUCCUACCCCACCUCUAACAGCUGUAACCCCCUCGACUACCACCAGAGGGCCAUCAGUCCGACGGGAAGCUAUGUGUCGUCGGCAGAGUUGAGUCACUGCAGCAGCCAGCUGAGUGAGGAGGAGUACGAGCCGGAAUACAGAGAGAGAGACCCUUAUGAUGAGAAUGACUCCUACCACUCCUGCCACUCCUCUGUCAGCUACAGCAAAGGUUCUCCCGACUGGGACCCCGAUGAGAUCCAGGGGGCGUACAGCGACGAGCGGGGCUAUAGUAAGGACGGGGGCGAGUAGGGGGCCGUCUAUGAGGAGGAUGACAGGGGUCUGUAUGAGGAAGAGGUGGCGUAUGAAGGAGAGGAGGGGCACAUAUAUGACGAUGAGGAUUACCUUCUGGAUGGGGCCCUCAGUGAGGAUAUAGAGGUCCCGUACACCCCUACCCCCACCAGCACGGCACCCCUCACACUGGACGUCCCAGGUGCUUCUAGACCCCCCCUGCAGAAACAGCCCUCUCUGCAUCAACAGCAGGCUCCACCCAGCCAACCGCCCAGCCAUGCCUCAAAUCAGGCCCACCCUCCGGGCAUGGCUCCAGGAGGACAGCCCUCGGGACAGCCCCCCACCCAGGCCCCUCAAGCCCAGUCUCAUCCCCAGCCAGCUCCUGCCCCAACCCAGUCCUUCUUCUCCAUGGCCAAACCCUUCUCAGCAGCAGUAACAGGCCUGGCCUCCUCUUUCCUGUCUUCUGGAGUCCCUACUGCCCAACCUGCUCAGGCUCACCUCCCAGCUUCACAACCCCAGCCCCAGUCUGCCUCCUGCAUCCCCCCAUCUCACCCCGCCACUGCCUCCCAUGGGCCCCAGUCCACAACCACUGGCCCCCCCUCUCAGCUGACCUCCUCCACUGCCUCUCCCUCUCAGGCCCAGCCCCUUGCCCCUACAACCACCCAAUCAGAGGGCCCUGAUGCCGAACCCCCCUUGCCGGAGGACCAACUCCUCCUAGAGGAAGACAAACCCCUUCCCCCCAAAAUUAGGACCCCCACCCCGACAGAGGAGGAGCACCCUAUGGAAGAUGAGGACCAACGGUAUGACGAGAGUCGCCCCCCCACCCCCGUAGAGGAGGAGGAGCCCCUCCCAGAGAGUCCUCCUGUAGAUGAGGAGCCCAAGGAGCCGGUGGACCCGUCCGUAAGGGCUAGGGAGAACUGGCGACGAAUCAUCGACAAGGUCCAACAGCAGCUUCAAGAGGCACGAGGAGAGUCAUCCAAUUCCUUGUGGUUUGGUAAAGGAGGGGUAGGAGAGGUUCUGUACAGCAUCGACAGCAUGCCUGACCUACGCAAGAAGAAAGGCCCCACCCUGGUCAGAGACCUCUUACAGGCCAUGUCUAUGGCCUCUCAGAACGCUCGGAAGGCUGGGAUCACCAUGGCGAUGGCCUGCAGCACCCUUGGCAAUGAGGACCUGAAGAGUCAUGUGUACAAGAAGACCCUACAGGCUCUGAUCUACCCCAUCUCCUGCACCACGCCCCAUAACUUUGAGGUGUGGACGGCCACCACGCCCACCUACUGCUACGAGUGUGAGGGGCUGCUGUGGGGCAUCGCCCGCCAGGGCAUGAGGUGCUCCGAGUGCGGGGUCAAAUGUCACGACAAGUGCCAGGACCUUCUCAAUGCCGACUGCCUGCAGAGGGCAGCGGAGAAGAGUUCUAAGCAUGGGGCAGAGGACCGAACCCAGAACAUCAUCAUGGUUUUAAAGGACAGGAUGAAGAUCAGAGAGAGGAACAAACCGGAAAUCUUCGAGCUCAUCCAGGAAGUGUUUAGUGUCGUCAAGGCGACGCACGCCACGCAGAUGAAGCAGAUCAAACAGAGCGUGCUCGAUGGGACGUCCAAGUGGUCGGCCAUGAUCAGCAUGACUGUGCAGUGUGCACAGGGCCUUCAGGCCAAGGACAAGACCGGCUCCAGUGAUCCCUACGUCACAGUUCAGGUGGGCAAGACCAAGAAGAGGACCAAGACCAUCUAUGGUAACCUCAACCCUGUCUGGGAUGAGAACUUCCACUUCGAAUGCCACAACUCGUCGGACCGGAUCAAGGUACGCGUGUGGGAUGAAGACGAUGACAUCAAGUCCAGGGUGAAGCAGAAGUUCAAACGGGAGUCCGAUGACUUCCUGGGUCAGACCAUCAUCGAGGUCCGCACACUUAGCGGCGAGAUGGACGUAUGGUACAACCUGGACAAGAGAACAGACAAGUCGGCUGUGUCUGGAGCCAUCCGGAUGCACAUCAGUGUAGAGAUCAAAGGAGAGGAGACUGUGGCUCCCUACCAUGUCCAGUACACCUGUCUACACGAACACCUGUUCCAGUACACUACAGAGGAGCAGAACAGUGGUGUGGUGAAGAUACCUGAUGCCAAAGGAGACGACGCGUGGAAGGUGUACUUCGAGGAGACUCCCCAGGAGAUCGUGGAUGAGUUCGCCAUGCGUUACGGAGUGGAGUCCAUCUACCAGGCUAUGACCCAUUUUGCAUGCCUGUCGUCGAAGUACAUGUGCCCUGGUGUACCCGCGGUGAUGAGUACCCUUCUGGCCAACAUCAAUGCCUACUAUGCUCACACCACCCAGUCCACCAAUAACGUCUCGGCAUCAGACCGCUUCGCCGCAUCCAACUUUGGAAAGGACAGGUUUGUGAAACUUCUAGACCAGCUCCACAACUCCCUGAGGAUUGACCUUUCCAUGUACAGGAAUAACUUCCCGGCUAGUAGCCCUGAGAGGCUGCAGGACCUCAAGUCCACUGUAGACCUACUGACCAGCAUCACCUUCUUCAGAAUGAAGGUCCAGGAGCUGCAGAGCCCCCCCAGGGCCAGUCAGGUGGUGAAGGACUGUGUCAAAGCCUGUCUCAACUCCACCUACGAAUACAUCUUCAACAACUGCCACGAACUCUAUGGCAGAGAGUACCAGACAGACCCUGCUAAGGCUGACGUUCCAGAAGAGCAGGGUCCCAGCAUCAAGAACUUGGAUUUCUGGUCCAAACUCAUCACCCUCAUCGUCUCCAUCAUAGAAGAGGACAAGAACUCCUACACACCCUGUCUCAAUCAGUUUCCUCAGGAACUGAACGUGGGCAUCAUCAGUGCUGAGGUCAUGUGGAACAUGUUUGCUCAAGACAUGAGAUAUGCCAUGGAGGAGCAUGAGAAGAACCGGCUGUGUAAGAGUGCUGAUUACAUGAACCUGCACUUCAAGGUUAAGUGGCUCUACAACGAAUACUGUAAAGAGCUGCCCACCUUCCAGAAACGUGUACCUGAGUAUCCAGCGUGGUUUGAGCCGUUUGUCAUCCAGUGGUUGGACGAGAACGAGGAAGUGUCCAGAGACUUCCUGCACGGUGCCCUAGUGAGGGACACAAAGGACGGGUUCCAGGUAACGUCUGAGCAUGCUCUGUUCUCAUGCUCGGUGGUGGACGUGUUCUCCCAGCUCAACCAGAGCUUUGAGAUCAUACGCAAGCUAGAGUGUCCCGACCCCCAGAUCGUAGGCAGCUACAUGAAGAGAUUCGCCAAGACCAUCGGCAAUGUCCUGCUGUCCUAUGCUGAGAUCAUUUCCAAAGAGUUCCCCAAACAAUGCGGGAACAAGGAGAAAGAGAGAGUGCCUUGUAUCAUCAUCAAUAACAUCCAGCAGCUGAGAGUGCAGCUGGAGAAGAUGUUUGAGGCCAUGGGAGGCAAAAAUCUUAACGUGGGGGCCAGUGACUUCCUGAAGGACCUGCAAUUAAAGCUCAACAACGUCAUGGACGACCUUAGUAGGAUAUUUGCCGUCAGUUUCCAGCCCCACAUUGAGGAGAACGUGAAGCAGAUGGGCGACAUCCUGGGCCAGGUGAAGGGACAGACUGUUACGGACAACAACAGCGUGGCCGGGGACGCAGACAACGUCCUGCAGCCCAUCAUGGACUUCCUCGACACCAACCUGUCGCUGUUUGCUAAGAUCUGCGAGAAGACCGUACUGAAGAGAGUGCUGAAGGAACUGUGGAAACUGGUUAUCAACACUAUGGAGAAAAGCAUUGUGCUCCCACCAUUUACAGACCAGUCAGGCACUCAGUUGAUCCUGAACGCAGCUAAGGAGUUGGGCCAGCUCUCCAAGCUCAAGGAGCACAUGGUGCGAGAGGAGGCCAAGGCUCUCACUCCUAAACAGUGUGCCGUCAUAGAGCUCGCAUUGGACACUAUUAAGCAAUACUUCCAUGCGGGCGGGGUGGGCCUGAAGAAGACUUUCCUGGAGAAGAGUCCUGACCUGAAGUCUCUGCACUACGCCCUGUCCCUCUACACACAACACACUGACAAGCUCAUCAGGAAGUUUGUCCUCUCCCAAAACGCUCAGGUCCAUGGAGGGAAGGGGGUCAGGUAUACCCUCAAUGAAGACACAUUUCCAGAGAAGGGGUCGGGAGUGGAGGAGCCAAUCGGAGAGGUGGUCAUGCAUGUGGAGAUCUUCACCCACCCCAACACUGGAGAACACAAGAUCACUGUGAGAGUGGUGGCUGCCAAUGACAUUAAGUGGCAGACCCAGGGGAUCUUCCGUCCCUUCGUGGAGGUCUACAUCAUCGGUCCCCACCUCAGUGACAAGAAGAGGAAGCACGCCACCAAGUCCAAGAACAACAGCUGGUCGCCCAAGUUUAACGAGACCUUUCAAUAUUCCCUGGGCAAUGAGUUGGGUCCUGAGGGCUAUGAGCUGCAGCUGUGUGUGAAGGACUACUGCUUCGCCAGGGAGGACCGUACGGUGGGCAUGGCACUGAUGCAGUUGAAGGACAUGGCCUCUAGGGGCAGCGUGACGUGCUGGCUCCCCCUGGGGAAGAGGGUCCACAUGGACGAGACGGGCCUGACAGUACUGAGGAUCCUAUCCCAGCGCAACAACGAUGAGGUGGCCAAAGAGUUCGUCAAGCUGAAGUCAGACCAGCGCUCUGCCGAAGAGGGACAGGGGAGCUGAGAGAGAACAGGUCUAGCGAUACUGCUGCAGACACACACAGUCGCGCAACAGACACACAGGGGUACACAUGGAUUCAUACACCGUACACAAACGUGCACUGUACAUACACACAAACAAUACAGGAAAACACAUACGUGAACCCACACAACAUAUGCAUAUGUUAUACAAAACAUGGUCAUCAACACACUAAUAAUCUCGAUCACAAUGAUUAGCACGUGUACAAACACUGGUCAACGGUUCCUUCGGCCAUAGAUAGAUGUCCAAAAUCUAUCUAUCAAUUUCUGCUGCUCUCUUUCAGUCUUGCAUAUUACAUCAAAUUUUUCUAGACAUUUAAUGCAGAAAUGUGAGAGAGUGAAAAAAUUAUCACCUGAGGAGUUAUGGAUGACUUUGCACUUUGACCUCUCUGCAUGUUCAGGAGAGCAGCCCUAACCCCAACUCUUACUCCUCUGUCUGUUUCUGUCAAUAUAAGUCUGUUGUUCUCUCUCGGGUUUAUUUUUUUACUGUUGUGCUGUCUUCCUGCUGUGUGACGUGUUCUGGGUAGAAGAUGCCAUCAGGCACAGAUCUAGGAUCGGCUUACAAUCCCCUUGUCCUCAUUUUGCCUGUUAGGGAGGGGGAAAUUUAACUCUGAUCUUACAGCGUCUUCGGAAAGUAUUCAGAACCCUUAACUUGUUCCACCUUUUGUUACGUUACAGCCUUGUUCUAAAAUGUAUUAAAUGUUUUUUUUACUCAUCAAUCCACACACAAUACCCCAUAAUGACAAUGCAAAAAAAAAAAUAUAUAUAUUUUUUUUCUAAUUUAUAAAAAAUAUCACAUUUAAGUAAGUAUUCAGACCCUUUACUCAGUACUUUUGUUGAAGCACCUUUGGCAGCGAUUAUAGCACUGAGUCUCCUUGUGUAUGACGCUACAAGCUUGGCACACCUGUAUUUGGGGAGUGUCUCCCAUUCUUCUCUGCAGAUCCUCUCAAGCUCUGUCAGGUUGGAUGGGGAGCGUUGCUGCACAGCUAUUUUCAGGUCUCUCCAGAGAUGUUCGAUCGGGUUCAAGUCCGGGCUCUGGCUAGGCCACUCAAGGACAUUCAGAAACUUGUCCCGAAGCCACUCCUAUGUUGUCUUGGCUGUGUGCUUUCAAAUCAAAUCUGAUUUGUCACAUGCACCGAAUACAACAGGUGUAGACCUUACAGUAAAAUGCUUACUUACAAGCCCUUAACCAACAAUGCAGUUUUAAGAAAAAUAUGUGAUGAGUAAAAAUAGAUAAGUAUAAAAUUAAAAUAACAAAAUAAAUAAAGAGCAGCAGUAAAAUACAGCAGAUAGGCUAUAUACAGGGGGUACUGGUAUAGAGUCAAUGUGCUGGGGCACAGGUUAGUCAAGGUAAUAUGUACUUGUAGGUAGACUAAUAGUGACUAUUCAUAGAUAAUAAACAGAGUAGCAGCCGCGUAAAAGGGGUGGGGUGGCCAUGCAAAUAGUCUGGGUAGCCAUUUGAUUAGUUGUUCAGGAGUCAUGGCUUGGGGGUAGAAGCUUUUUGGACCUAGACUUGGCGCUCCGGUACCACUUGACGUGCGGUAGCAGAGAGAACAGUCUAUGACUAGGGUGGUUGGUCUUUGACAAUUUUUAUGGCCUUCCUCUGACACCGCCUGGUAUAGAGGUCCUUGGAUGGCAGGAAGCUUGGUCACAGUGAUGUACUGGGCCGUACGCACUAAUCUCUAUAGUGCCUUGCAGUCGGAGACUGAGCAGUUGCCAUACCAGGCAGUGAUGCAACCAGUCAGGACGCUCUCGAUGGUUUAGCUGUGGAACUGGAAUUGUUUGAGGAUCUGAGGACUCAUGCCAAAUCUUUUCGGUCUCCUGAGGAGGAAUGGGCUUUGUCGUGCCCUCUUCAUGACUGUCUUGUUGUGUUUUGACCAUAGGGUCAUUGUCCUGUUGGAAGGUGAACCUUUGACCUAGUCUGAGGUCCUGAGCGCUCUGGAGCAGGUUUUCAUCAAGGAUCUCUCUGUACUUUGCUCCGCUCAUCUUUGCCUCAAUCCUGACACGUUUCCCAGUCCCUACCGCUGAAAAACAUCCCCACAGCAUGAUGCUGCUACCACCAUGCUUCACCGUAGGGAUGGUGCCAGGUUUCCUCCAGACGUGACGCUUGGCAUUCAGACCAAAGAAUUCAAUCUUGGUUUCAUCAUACCAGAGAAUCUUGUUCAUGUGCCUUUUACUGAGGAGUGGUUUCCGUCUGGCCACUCUGCCAUAAAGGCCUGAUUGGUGGAGUGCUGCAGAUAUGGUUGUCCUUCUGGAAGGUUCUCCCAACUCCACAGAGGAAAUCUGGAGCUUUGUCAGAGUGACCAUUGGGUUCUUGGUCACCUCCCUGACCAAGGCCGUUCUCCCCCGAUUGCACAGUUUGGCCGGACGGCCAGCUCUAGGAAGAGUCUUGGUGGUUCCAAACUUCUUUCAUUUAAGAAUGAUGUCCUUCAAUGUUGCAGAAAUGUUUUUGGUUCCCUUCCCCAGAUCUAUGCCUCGACACAAUCCUGUCUCGGUGUUCUACGGACGAUUCCUUCGACCUCAUGGCUUGGUUUUUUCUCUGACAUGCACUGUCAACUGUGGGACCUUAUAUAGGCAGGUGUGUGCCUUUCCAAAUCAUGUCCAGUCAAUUUAAUUGUCCAUGGGUGGACUUCAAUCAAGUUGUAGAAACAUCUGAAGGAUGAUCAAUGGAAAUAGGAUGCACCUGAGAUGAAUUUCGAGUCUCAUAGCAAAAGGUCUGAAUACUUAUGUAAAUAAGGUAUUUCUGUUUUGUUUUUUUAUUGCAAAAAAAAAAAAAAACUUUUGCCAUUAUGGGGUAUUGUGUGUAGAUUGCUGAGGAUUUUAAAAAUAUAUCAAUUUCAGAAUAAGGCAGUAACGUAACACAAUGUGAAAAAGUCAAGGGGUCUUAAUACUUUCCGAAGGCACUGAACAAAAAUAUAAUCGCAACAUCCAACAAUUUAAAAUAUUUUACUGAGUUACAGUUCAUAUAAGGAAAUCAGUCAAUUGACAUAAAUUCAUUAGACCCUAAUCUAUGGAUUUCACAUGACUGGGAAUACAGAUACCUUAAAUAAAGAAAGUAGGGGUGUGGAUCAGAAAACUAGUAAAUGUCUGGUGUGACCGCUAUUUGCCUCAUGCAGCGUGACACAUCCUUCACAGUCUGUUGACAGACCCCCUCUCCCCCCAAUACUGACACUUGACACCUUAUACCUGUGUGCACGGCGCAUAUAAUCUGGUAUAACUACUAUCCAAACUACUAUACAGUGUGAAACACAUAGCGAGAUAAGAAUGUUCCGAUGUGUGAUAUGAAUGUGUAUUUUUUAUGAUUGUAAAUCAAAUCAAGUUUUAUUGGUCGCAUACACAUGUUUAGCAGAUGUUGUGAAAUUCUUGUGAGACAUGCCAGACUUUCACAUCCGUAGAGGGUAGCCUACCUGAGGGUUGGAUCAGUUGUUGGAUGUUAGUCGGCUUGUUUGGAACACACCAUAUGGCCAUAAUGUACAUAGACACUGACAUGGUGCAAUAGACCCAAGCAUGUACGUUUUGAAGAUGGCCUGCUCUUUUUACAUACUCACCUACUCCAGCAAUGGCGCUCGUUUCACAACACUAUAAAGGAGUAAUAAUAGCCAAGAUGGUUGCGUCAACUUCUCACAAACAAACUCUCUUCUAUGUUCCCCUGAAAGUGCACAAAUACGGCAAAGGGCUACAUGACCAUCAGACACAGAAAGGACACUGCCUAGUCAGUCCAUACGUCUGCAUUUGUGAAAAUGAUAGAAAUAUGUUUUCUAUGCUAUGGGCCAUACAAUUACCAACCCAUAGGCCACUAUAUACCAUACAGGAAACUGCAUGGUCUCUCUGACUGCCUUCAUGAUAAUCUGAUUCUGUAUUUUAAGACAAUAUCUACAGUAGUUGUCGUUUUGGUCAAUUUGUCCCUGCAUUUUUCUGUCAAAAGUUUUCAGUGCAUUUUGGAGUGCGUCUGUCUGCGUGUUUUCUGUCCUACCUGACUUCUGGGCUAAGAGUUCAUCUGUUUACAGUUUUUCUCAAUUGCUAAAACACAAUUUCUGAAACCAUUUCCUGAAAACAUUAAACAAAACCUCAUCUUCAAGCACUAUUUACAUAACCUCUGACUCCUCUCGCAAAAUUAAACAUUCGCCUCAAAACAGUUUUACCUGUGUUCAAAAUCAAACACUGCUCUCAAAUCAUAAACAAAGUGAUCAAAAUGAUAUACACUCUCAAGCAGUCAGUAAACAAUACACCGAAAAAUAGAAAACACAUUGUUCAAAACAUACAAUUCUCAGGGAGAAGUACAUUUUUAAUCUAAAAAAAUAUUCAUAUUUUUCCAUCAUUGUCUUUUGAUGAACGAAAACAUGUUCUAUCAUAGUAGCUCAAAAUUGAUCAGAAAUUACUACUCUGCUUUGCUCUUUCGUUUUUUGUUCUUCCUCCUCCUUGUACCCCUAUUUUUACAGUACUGUACCCUGCAUCUCACAAACUUGUCCUUUGUCUCUGUGAUACUGUAAUUCUUGUUCUUUGUUGAUAUGAACCUGCAACCAGUCAAAAUCUAUUGAGCAGUCAGUACUGUUAAUAAAUGGAAAGCACAAUGUUCAGGGCCAUACAAUUUGUCCAUUGUACAGUAUACAGCCUACAAUGCACUGUACUACAGUAUACAGCCUACAAUGAACUGUACUACAGUAUACAGCCUACAAUGCACUGUACUACAGUAUACAGCCUACAAUGCACUGUACUACAGUAUACAGCCUACAAUGCACUGUACUACAGUAUACAGCCUACAAUGCACUGUACUACAGUAUACAGCCUACAAUGCACUGUACUACAGUAUACAGCCUACAAUACACUGUACUACAGUAUACAGCCUACAAUACACUGUACUACAGUAUACAGCCUACAAUGCACUGUACUACAGUAUACAGCCUACAAUACACUGUACUACAGUAUACAGCCUACAAUGCACUGUACUACAGUAUACAGCCUACAAUGCACUGUACUACAGUAUACAGCCUACAAUACACUGUACUACAGUAUACAGCCUACAAUGAACUGUACUACAGUAUACAGCCUACAAUGCACUGUACUACAGUAUACAGCCUACAAUGCACUGUACUACAGUAUACAGCCUACAAUACACUGUACUACAGUAUACAGCCUACAAUGCACUGUACUACAGUAUACAGCCUACAAUGCACUGUACUACAGUAUACAGCCUACAAUGCACUGUACUACAGUAUACAGCCUACAAUGCACUGUACUACAGUAUACAGCCUACAAUGCACUGUACUACAGUAUACAGCCUACAAUACACUGUACUACAGUAUACAGCCUACAAUGCACUGUACUACAGUAUACAGCCUACAAUGCACUGUACUACAGUAUACAGCCUACAAUGCACUGUACUACAGUAUACAGCCUACAAUGCACUGUACUACAGUAUACAGCCUACAAUACACUGUACUACAGUAUACAGCCUACAAUGCACUGUACUACAGUAUACAAUACUAAAAGGGACAACAAUCAAAGGAGUAAACAUGUGAUCAAUGUGUUUCUUCUCGUCUUUGGGCUGGGUCGGGCCAGAGCACUUCGUCGACAUCACAAGCAAUAUUGUCCCUCGAGGCAACGGGGGAAGAAGCCUCGUGUGCCGUAUCCAGCCCUGACAUGAUUCCUCACCUACAGUGGGGCAAAAAAGUAUUUAGCCAGCCACCAAUUGUGCAAGUUCCUCCACUUAAAAAUAUGAGAGAGGCCUGUAAUUUUCAUCAUAGGUACACUUCAACUAUGACAGACAAAAUGAGAAAAAAAUUCCAGAAAAUCAUAUUGUAGGAUUUUUAAUCAAUUUAUUUGCAAAUUAUGGUGGAAAAUAAGUAUUUGGUCAAUAACAAAAGCUUCUCAAUACUUUGUUAUAUACCCUUUGUUGGCAAUGACAGAGGUCAAACGUUUUCUGUAAGUCUUCACAAGGUUUUCACACACUGUUGCUGGUAUUUUGGCCCAUUCCUCCAUGCAGAUCUCCUCUAGAGCAGUGAUGUUUUGGGGCUGUUGCUGGGCAACACGGACUUUCAACUCCCUCCAAAGAUUUUCUAUGGGGUUGAGAUCUGGAGACUGGCUAGGCCACGCCAGGACCUUGAAAUGCUUCUUACGAAGCCACUCCUUCGUUGCCCAGACGGUGUGUUUGGGAUCAUUGUCAUGCUGAAAGACCCAGCCACGUUUCAUCUUCAAUGCCCUUGCUGAUGGAAGGAGGUUUUCACUCAAAAUCUCACAAUACAUGGCCCCAUUCAUUCUUUCCUUUACACGGAUCAUUCGUCCUGGUCCCUUUGCAGAAAAACAGCCCCAAAGCAUGAUGUUUCCACCGCCAUGCUUCACAGUAGGUAUGGUGUUCUUUGGAUGCAACUCAGCAUUCUUUGUCCUCCAAACACAACGAGGUGAGUUUUUACCAAAAAGUUCUAUUUUGGUUUCAUCUGACCAUAUGACAUUCUCCCAAUCUUCUUCUGGAUCAUCCAAAUGCUCUCUAGCAAACUUCAGACGGGCCUGGACAUGUACUGGCUUAAGCAGGGGGACACGUCUGGCACUGCAGGAUUUGAGUCCCUGGAGGCGUAGUGUGUUACUGAUGGUAGGCUUUGUUACUUUGGUCCCAGCUCUCUGCAGGUCAUUCACUAGGUCCUCCCGUGUGGUUCUGGGAUUUUUGCUCACCGUUCUUGUGAUCAUUUUGACCCCACGGGGUGAGAUCUUGCGUGGGGUAAGAUCUUGCGUGGAGCCCCAGAUGGAGGGAGAUUAUCAGUAGUCUUGUAUGUCUUCCAAUUCCUAAUAAUUGCUCCCACAGUUGAUUUCUUCAAACCAAGCUGCUUACCUAUUGCAGAUUCAGUCUUCCCAGCCUGGUGCACGUCUACAAUUUUGUUUCUGGUGUCCUUUGACAGCUCUUUGGUCUUGGCCAUAGUGGAGUUUGGAGUGUGACUGUUUGAGGUUGUGGACAGGUGUCUUUUAUACUGAUAACAAGUUCAAACAGGUGCCAUUAAUACAGGUAACGAGUGGAGGACAGAGGAGCCUCUUAAAGAAGAAGUUACAAGUGUGAGAGCCAGAAAUCUUGCUUGUUUGUAGGUGACCAAAUACUUAUUUUCCACCAUAAUUUGCAAAUAAAUUCAUUAAAAAUCCUACAAUGUGAUUUUCUGGAUUUUUUUCCCCUCAUUUUGUCUGUCAUAGUUGAAGUGUACCUAUGAUGAAAAUUACAGGCCUCUCUCAUCUUUUUAAGUGGGAGAACUUGCACAAUUGGUGGCUGACUAAAUACUUUUUUGCCCCACUGUAUAUCACCACAGGCUAAAUCCAUGGCUUGCAGCAGAUUUACUCUGGCGUAAGGUUGUCUAUCAUACACUUUCCAUCUCCAAGAUGAGAAAAACUCCUCAAUCGGAUUCAGGAAAGGCGAGUAUGGAGGGAGGUACAAGUUCAUAAACUGCCCAUUGAUGUUAAACCAUUCCCUUACCUGAGCAGCUCGGUGGAAACUGACAUUGUCCCACACUAUCACAUAGGUGGGAAUGGGAUUCUCAUUGAGCUCUUGACCCUGCUGCUCUUGAAUCUGCUGCUCAAAUAAAAUAUCUCUUAGAUUGGCAAUAAAUCUUAGAAGGUGCUGGGUGUUAUAUGGCCCGAGUGUAACAUGGUGAUGUAGAACACCAUGGUUGCUGAUAGCAGCACAGAUUGUGACAUUGCCACCUCCGUUGACCAGGGACUUCAAAAAUGGCCCGCUGUCCAAUCAUGUUUCGGUCUCUCCUUCUCCUCUUUGUUAGAUUGAAGCCUGCUUCAUCGACAAAGAUGAACUCAUGGGGUCUGUCCAAGGAUUCCAAGUCAAAUAUUGUCUGUGUAGAAAUACAAUAUACUGUAUGUAGGACUUUAAGUCGUACAGAGACGGUGCUAUACUGUAGAGUACAAUUAGGCUUCUGAUUCACAUACAUUGUAUGUACUGAAGAGUAAUGUCAUUCACAUAGUAUGUGUUUAGUACUGUAGACAAUCUGGAUUACAGUAAAUGUUUCUGAAUGUACACUUACUUGCACAUACUGAGCUCGCAGUUCUUUCACCCUUGGUGAGUUGCGUUCAAAAGGUACUCUGUAUACUUGUUUCAUUCGCAUCCUGUUACGAUGGAGGACACGGUCAAUUGUGGAAAUGCUCACACUGUCAAUUCCCUGGAAGUGUAUGUUGUCUUGUAUCACUCGUUCCUGGACUUCUCCGAGUCGUAUUGCAUUAUCUUGAAGGACCAUGCCAACUAUAACGGCCUCUUGCUCCCGAGUGAAUAUAGCUGUCCUUCCACCUGCAUCUGGCAGCCUUGCAAUUCUACAAAAAGUAGUUGUGCAGUUACAAAACAUAUUCAUGCAGUACAAUACAUACAGCGAUUAACUUUACAAAUGUCUAUUGAAACAGCUGCAUAUAAUGUAGUACAGUAAAUUUGCAAUUACAAAAAUACAGUAGUAUACUGUACCUGUUCUCUUCUCUGAAUGUCCUUACUAUGGUGGACACAGGAAAUCGGCUCAAAUUGGGUUGCACUCGAAGUCCUGCUUCCCUCAUUGUCAGUCCAUGGACAAGAACAUGGUCUAUAACUGUUGCUCGAAUUUCAUCAGAUAUUUCCACUCUUUGUCUUCCUCUUUCUUGCCCACCUCGCAUACGCACUCGUCCUCGUCCUCUCACAUUGGAUAGAAGAAACAUUCUCAGACUUUCUUCUUCCCACCUUCAACAGCCUGUUUGCUCUCUGAACUGGCUUAUAUUGGUUGUGUCGCAUCAUUUGAAACAGGUUAAAUCAAUUUUAAGGGGUUGUGUUCAAUCAAUGACAUGUGUUCUCUAUUUGUAUUUGAUUGUUGCCACUUGUGUUUACCAGUAUUGAUGACAUGUGCAUUAGAGUGCAGAAUGUGUUUUGAGAAUGUCUUUAGAGUUUUGUUGAAAAGUCUAAAUGAGAUCUGCAAAUUGUGUUUUACCAUGUGAAAUGGUUUAAGGUAUUGACCAACAAUUAGCUAAAUGAGUCCAGGCAACUGAGAACUUUGUUCAGCCAAUGGGUUUUAGUGUUUUAGCAAUUGAGAAAAACUGUAAUGUGGUUGCAAGCAAUAUAACCCCAACAUAAUCACUAGAAACCUGUGGCACGCCCAGGAGUUCCAACUGCAAUACCCAGAUUCAAGGAGCGGGAUGCCAAAUCCCAACUUUUCAUUGGAUAACUGAAUGGGGAAUUCCCUGUUGUAAUGGACACAUCUCAAUCCCCUCCUCAUAGGAAGUGUGUGUUUCUUGUAAGACUGGGAAUACUUUAGGAAUACUGGACAUUGGAGCGGGAGAGCAGUCCGGCUUACAUUAAGACCUAUCAGCUGUUCAGUCAGCUCCUGGUCAGACUUUUCCACUGGAUGACUUUGCGGGGAUUGCGGUGAAUGGGCCAACUCAAACGGACCAAUUUAUGUUUUUCAAAGACCAAUGUUGGCUAGAAGUGUCAACCCCCAAGCCAUUGUAGAUGACAAUGUAGUAGUUUAAUAAUACGACAGGGGUAAUAAUCAACACAACCCCUCUAUUUAUAUCAACCAAUCACUUAGCAUGUCACAGCUGAUCUUACUAUACAGAAAACACCUCAUGUUACACACGCCUGUCUGUCCGUUUUUGAACAGUUCUACAUUUACAAUGCAAAAUGAUGGGUGUUAGCACAAAGCGCUUAUAUUGUGAUGUUUCUGCUUAUUGUAAAUGAGUUUAAAAUCAACUCUAGAGCUUCUGCUACUAUUUCCACUGCUAGAGAGCAACAUGGCCUGUGUUAUGUUGCACUGUGGAGAGGGAGAGCUAAUGCAUUAAUGUUCUGUUUUCAUCUUUUGCAUUGGACCUGUUUAACCAAAUGCAAGGCUUCUGAAUGUCAUUUCACAUCACAGGAUCAUGAGAGCCGAGUGUGCCACUGAUAGUGAGAAUGUAUUACUUUAACUACAAUAACCUAUUGUCUUCUACUACACACAUAAAUACACACACUGACGUAUGCUCAAGCACAAAAGGGCACAUGUGAGAUGAACACGCAUGCAUGCCAACACAUCUCCAUGGAGACCAAGCGAUGCCGACCCCCGUGAAUAAAAACAAAACACCAGUGCAUGAAAGGAGAAUUAACUUCAUCAUGCCAGCACACAUCUCUUUGAUGUUAACAGUUAUGGGAAUCUUGUUUUUCUUAUCUGAAUAACUAAUUAAUGAUAAUGAAUUGUGAACAUUUUUCAAAAGGCUUAUGAAGACAAAAUAUUUAACCAAUAUGAAUGUAGCCUAUACAGAAUUCGCACGAGAAUAAUUUUUUGAGGAUGUUUCUAAUUUGUUUAUCAUUAUGAUUGAUUGUUCUUUGUCAAGGAUUAAGGUGGGUUGGAAUGCAGCUUGGUUGUGAACUGCUUCCUAUUAAAAAGGCAUUUGUCACAAA